AGUACUCUAAUUAUCUCAGUUAAUUCACAACAAGUGCCUUGUCUAUGACCACCUUCUGAUUUUAAAGUAACAAUUUCUAUAAAAAAAAAGAAUAAAUAAACAGCUAAAUCUGGGGGUACUUGAUUAAAGUUGAUAGUAUUGGGGCUAAAUCUGAAAACAACUAAAAUACAUGGGCCAUAUCCAUAAAAGACGAAACGAGACUUUUCUUAUUGUCUACGUCCUCUAUAAAAGCAACCUUUAAGCUAAAACCCAAACAAGAAGCAGAACCCAAGAAACGUGAGAAAGUUGGAGAAGACCAAAAAGAAGAAGAAGAAGAAGAAGAAGAAAAAGAAGAAAAUGAAAUUGGUUUGGUCUCCUGAAACAGCAUCAAAGGCUUAUAUAGACACCGUUAAAUCGUGCGAGAAUCUUGAAACGCCGGACGCGGCGGAGCUAAUAGCGGCGAUGGCGGCUGGAUGGAACGCGAAGCUGAUCGUGGAAACUUGGUCAGAAGGAGACGCAAUAUCCUCAAGUAUUGGUUUAAACGUAGCAAGCCAACACGCAAACGCUAAACACAUAUGUAUAGUACAAAACUCGAGAUCAGAAUCUGCUUAUCUCCAAGCUAUUCAAGAAUCUUCAUCUCCUUUGAACUUACCAGAGACAAUCAUCGCUGAAGAACCCGAAAAAGCGAUGAAGAAGCUACAAGGAAUCGAUUUCUUGGUCGUGGAUUGGCGGAACAAAGAAUUUGCAGCUGCUACGUUGAAGAACGCUGCGUUUGGAAGCAGAGGAGCGGUUGUGGUUUGUAGAAACGGGUAUUCGAGUUUGAGAAGGGUUUUAAGAGAUCGGAAAGUUGUUAGAACGGUGACUCUUCCGGUCACCGGAGGUAUUGAGAUUGCUCAUGUUGCGGCUAGGAACUCAGGGAAGAGUGAGAAGAGUAAUAAGAGAAGAUGGAUCACACAUGUAGAUCAAAGAUCAGGAGAAGAACAUGUGUUUAGUAUCUAGAAAGUAAGAGACAAAUACAUUUUGUCAUAAGCGUUUGUUUAUUGGAUCUUGUAUUUGUUGUGUUUGUACAUAAGAUUCCAUAGAUGCAAUUGUUAUUGAAAAAACAUGCUUGUCUUAUAAAUGUGAUCGUUGAGUUAUAUAGAAAGCUUAACAUAUAUUUACAGAUUAA